CCAGCCGCCAAGACAGCCUUUGCAUCCGAAUGGAUGGCUAAUAUGCAACGACCCUAAAUCCCAGUAACGUGUCCCAGGACCCUGAACGAAACUUCUGGCCGGGGCCAUUUGCGGUUCGCGGAGUAUAUAUAGCGACGUUAUAAUUAUAAAACCGCCCUAUCUUCUUUUGUCGAUAGGCGAGUUCGUUUUGUUGAUCGCUUCCGCUCGCAAAUCUCAAAAAACACAUGGCUCGACCGCGCGCACCUAAGGCCGCCGCCAUUGUGGGCGCGAUCGCCCGAAUUCUUGGCUUGGGAGCUUCUGUGGUAUUACUGGCCAAUCUAAUUUACGAAAGCGUCAAUUGGGGAAAGACGUUGGGGCUUUCGGUAUCGGUGGCCGUGAUUGCGCUGGUGGUAGAUGGGUCCGAGUUAAUGGGAAUACUUGACUCGACACGCACAAUACCUCGUGUCUCUCCAUCAUGCGUAGCGUUUGGGGAUUUGCUGGUGUUGUGCCUCGCGAUCCCUUCGAUCUUCCUCAUUAAGCGGAGCAACCACCACGAGGACGCAGCGGACGAUCCAUAUCCUUGGGAAAAUACAGACAUUCUAUCCGUUGCAGUGACAUAUGCGUUAUGGCAAGUGGCAACCAGGUGUAUCGGUCAAAGGCUAUUAUUUUGCUAACUUAAGUAGUGGCCUAAGAUUCAUACUUCUAUCAUGGAGUUGUGCGGUCUGCUGCGUUGUUAUAAGGCAGCCGAGACGACCCGAUAGCAGAUCCACACCAGCAGAAUCAACGAGCGAGUUGCGGGAUGUGCCGCCUAUUGGAUAACACAGUAUUAU